AUGACCUACUCUAAAGUAAAAGUGUCAAACAAAGCUGAUGUUCACAAGAAGACUCAAAAGCGAAGCAAAUGGAGCCCUAAGGAAGAUGAAUGGCUUCGUUAUUAUCACAACCUAUACGAUGGAAGUUGGUCAAAAAUUGCAGAAGAACUUAAAGGAAGAGAUAAUAGAGCUUGUUAUGAUCGAUGGACGAAUCAUGCAAACCCGGAUAUUAACAAGAAACCUCUAGAAAAUCGGGAAAUAGAAAUAUUGAAAAAGAAUCAUAAAAAAUACGGCAACGAAUGGAGUAAAGUUGUUAAAGGUUUAGUGGGCAGGACCCCUUUACAAGCCAAAAAUUAUUUUAACGCGGAAAAGAAAAAAUCCAUUACGUAA